GUCUACUUGAUAUGAGAACUUAACAAAGAAACAGCCAGUGGUUUAUUUUAGUUUUGGUACUAUGGUUUUUUCCUGUUUCGUUAGUUUUGGUUAUCGAAAGCGAGGCUAUGAUUUGUUGAAGGAGAAGCUGGUUUUUUGUGCUGUGGAUUGUAAUAAAGAGUUAAAGGAGGAAAAUCGAUAAAGCCAGAUCGUUUUUUAUCGGGUAUCUUUAGUAUCCAAUUAUGGAUGAUCCCCAUCAAGAUUUCAAUCUAUUGUUAGACAGAGAGAAAAUAAUAAACAUAUCUUUUCUCCAUCCCUGAUCUUUCUCUCUCUCUCUCUCUCUUCAGUUUUUUGUUCAUCUGAAAAAAACCUUUUGACUUUUCCAUUAUAAUUUUUCAAUUUAAGCUUCAACAAGAGAAAAAUGGCAUUUGGUGUUAUUGUAAUCUGUUGUCAAUCAUUCUUCUUAAAAGGUUUCUUUCAUGCUUGUCUGUUCUAGUUUCCCUUCUUUAUCCUCAUUUCCUCUUCCUUUGACUUCGUUCCCCGAUAAAGGCCUUACAAGGUGAUCCCAUGGAAAGUUUUUAUCUGGUUGUUUCAUCUCUGCCCUGCUCUCCUCUCUUCAAUUACUUCUUCCAAAGGACUUAGCCACACGUCGUGUUUCCAGAUAUUUCCUGUUUGUUUUUGUUUCUUGUUGCGUACCAGUCUCUUGCAGUCUAAAUGGGGGUCUGUUGUAGCAAGGGCACAGGGAUAAUUGUGGAGCAUGGCGCUGAUGAUGGUAAUGAAUGUGGAGACGGAGAGGCUGAGGUUAGGGACACAAAUGAUGGAGCUGUUGUAAGGACGCGUGGAUCAUCCAAACACGUUUCCAUGUCAAUCAAACAAGGGAAAAAAGGAAUAAAUCAAGACGCCAUGACAGUCUGGGAGAACUUUGGUGGGGAAGAAGAUACGAUCUUUUGCGGUGUAUUUGACGGUCACGGUCCCAUGGGUCACAAGAUUUCUCGUCACGUAUGUGAAAAUUUACCUUCGAGGGUCCAUUCAAAAAUUAGAUCUUCCAAAUCUGCCGGCGAUGAAAACAUAGAGAAUAAUAGUUCACAGAGUCAGGAGGAACUCUUCCGUGAAUUCGAGGACAUUCUAGUGACAUUCUUCAAGCAAAUAGACAGUGAACUUGGUCUCGACUCUCCUUAUGAUAGUUUUUGCAGCGGUACAACUGCUGUAACUGUCUUUAAACAGGCUGACUGUUUGGUGAUCGCCAACUUGGGACAUUCACGAGCCGUUCUUGGCACCCGAAGCAAGAACAGUUUCAAAGCUGUCCAACUCACGGUUGAUCUGAAACCCUGUGUCCAACGCGAAGCAGAGAGAAUAGUGUCAUGCAAGGGAAGGGUGUUUGCUAUGGAAGAGGAACCCGAUGUGUAUAGAGUGUGGAUGCCUGAUGAUGAUUGCCCGGGGCUCGCAAUGUCAAGGGCUUUUGGUGAUUUCUGCCUCAAAGACUAUGGACUUGUCUGCAUUCCUGACGUCUUCUGCAGAAAAGUCAGCAGAGAAGACGAGUUUGUGGUUCUAGCUACUGAUGGGAUUUGGGAUGUUUUGUCAAACGAAGAAGUGGUGAAAGUUGUAGGUUCCUGCAAGGACCGGUCAGUUGCAGCUGAGAUGUUGGUUCAGCGAGCCGCUCGGACUUGGAGAACAAAGUUUCCAGCCUCAAAAGCUGAUGACUGUGCGGUGGUGGUGCUUUACCUAAACCACCGGCCUUACCCAAGAGAAGGAAACGUGAGCCGAGCAAUAUCAACUAUUUCCUGGAGAUCAAAUAAGAGCAAUAACGAGUGUUAUGGAGCCGCACCAUUGUCACCAUUGGGUCUAUCCCAAAGGGUUUCAUAGUAGGAUAAUUGUUACUGUUGUUGUUUCUAACUGUUUAGUAAAAUUUGAACCUGUUGAGGUGUCGAUAUUACUCAACAUCAACUUUAUUUGUGUGUGAAAU